CCUGAAGUGACCAGAGGGCUGCCUCAGCUGUGCUUAGCUAUGAUUUGCAAUGGAGUUUGAGGUACCCAAACCAUGGGUAUCAUUCUGGCCAAGAGAGAGGAGGAGCGGAUCGCCUUCAAUCAGACGAGGGCGCGAGCUGCCGCCUAUCUCGAAAAAUGCCGUCCCGACUAUGUUGAGGAUGACGUUCUGCUAGGGCUUGCUCCAGAUGAUGAGGACGCAGAAGAAAAGUCAGACGAAGACGAAGAUGCAGAAGCAGAAAAGAAGGACGAAGAGGAAGAAGAGGAUGAAGACGAUGAGGAUGAUGAGAAAGAAGAGGACGAGAAGAAGCUCAUGGCAGAAGCAAGCUCGAGGGCCAAAGAGCGUGUGCAAGCUGAGCUGAAGAAGUUUCGCCAGGCCGCCGUGAAAGGAAAUCGAUGGCAGCUUGUGAAGAUGACCCGCUCUCCGCACUUGGCCAUAGAUUCUCCAGAUCAACAUGGCCGUACUGCUCUUCAUCUAGCUGCAGAGCAUGGACAGCACAGAGCUGUAGAGAUUCUUCUCGGUGCUCGAUCUCGACAUGAUAUCAAGACGAAGAUGGGGUGGACACCGUUGCACGUUGCUGCAUUCCAUGGACAGGUGGCCUGCAUCAACUUGAUGCUCCAAUCCACGGCAGAUGUGAAUGCCAAGGAGAAGCACGGUUGCACUCCACUGAUGUUUGCAGCAUCAUCUCCAAAGUUGUACCUUGUUGACUUGGUUUCAAAGAAAGAUCGGGCGAGAAGGUUGAAGGCACGUCAAGAUGCUCUAAAGGCACUGCGAGAACAGGAAGACGACCGACUAGAUGCUGACCUUGCAGCUGGUCUUGGCAAAGAGAUGGGCGCUGGAAGUGUUUCAACUACAGCACCCAAUGUAGUUUGGAAGUUUUAUCCGAAUCGCAUUGAAAUCUUGGUUCUGAAUGCCUUGAUCUCUUCACCGAAGAUCAAGGUGGAUGCUUUUGACAAUCGUCGCCAGACUGCCCUGCUGUAUGCUGCACGCUUUGGGCGCACAUUUGCUGUGAGCCGCCUGCUGGAUGCUCGAGCCAACAUUGGAUUCGCUGAUCGGGAAGGGCAAGUUCCGUUGUUCGCAGCAGCAUGCAAUGAACAUUUGGACACGGUUGACCUACUUCUUCGAGCUGGGGCCAACAUCAACGCAACUGAUCAGUACUUCCGAACACCCCUUCAUGGAUCGCUGGAAUGCGGUGAUGAGAGUAUGUCGAAUCUUCUUCUCAAAGCAGGUGCCAGUGUGAAUGCGUACGACUGCGAAGGUCGUACACCCAUCAUGCUUGCCAUGGACAGGGGCAACCGUCGUUUGUUCCAAAAGAUUGUGGAGAAGAAAUCAAAUCUUGAUGUGCUGGACAAAAGAGGUUGGAAUGUUGUCAUCUAUGCCAUCGAGACACAGAUGUUGUCAGACGUUUAUCCAUUGUUGAUGAAGCUGAACAAGAAUGCAGCGAUCAUUUUGCGAGCUCGAGACCCUCAGGGCCUCAAUGCCUUGCAUCAUGCAACGCAGCUGGCGAGUGCGGAACUCUCGACGAAAUGCGUGCAGCAACUCACGAACUUGGAUUUUGAGGCUGCAACGAUCGGUGACUGCAAUGGCGACACUGCAAUUCACUCUGCAGCCGAGCGAGGGCGCUUGGAGGUACUUCGCAUCUUCAUUGAGAGGCUUUCAUCCUUGGACUUUUUGAACAAUCGUGGAGAAACACCCUUGCACUAUGCAGCGCGUGGAGGUCACAUGGCCUGUGUGGUUGCACUGCUCCACGACGCUGGGGGACGGCAAGCAUCUUGCGACGCGGGCGCCGUUGAUUCGCAUGGCUGGAACCUAUUGAUGCAUGCAUGUGUCUCGGGGCACUUGGAUUUAGUGAACCUCCUACUUCAGAACCGAGAGGGCCAACAUCCAGAUUUGGCCUUUGCACCCCUUGAUGUGAAUCAUGGGGACACCGGAGGGGUCAAUGCGCUGUGUGUGGCUGCCAGAGAGGGGCAUUGGCAGCUGCUGCCAUCCCUGGUACUGUCUGGGUCAAAUACGAGUGCCAAGGAUCGUGAUGGUUUCACCGCAGUGCACUGGGCAGCCAUGGAGGAUGAAGCCCUUACCAUGAAGUGCCUGCUCGACCUGGGCCUCGAUGCCAAUGCCAAGGACUUCAAGGGCUGGACUCCUUUGAUGCAUGCCUGUGCGCGCGGAGCUGACGAAGUGGUCCGCGUGCUUGUGGACUUUUCUGCAGAGAUCGAUGCACGGAAUUGGGAUGGUGACACGGCACUACAAAUCACCCAGCGGCGCCGUGACCCAGCUGAUGUUGUAGCAGUCACGAAGGACAUUCUUUUGGACGGAAUCAUGACCUCAGAUGAACCAGCCAAGGGUGGUGCCGUGAAGGCCCAUGGUCACAUGAUGGUCUCUGUCCUUGAGGCCACGGAUUUGUACCUCGAAGGGAAGACAGGAUUUGUGAAUGCCUAUGUGAACCUUCAACUGCGUACACAAUCUGGAGCUAGACCUCAGGCAGCAUUCACCUCCUGUGUGCUUCAGAACUCAUCACCUGAGUGGCAUGAAGUCUUUCGCUUUGAUACCAGCCACUUGGACCCCAGCGCUGUUUUGGUCGCUUGGGUGGUGGCAGCUCCGGGUGAGAACACCAAAGAGGUCAUGGAUGGAGCCGCUCUAGGCUUGGAUGAGGAAGAGCUGCAAAACCUCUCUCACAUGGAAGCGGUUACAGGGAAGACCUUGCACCAAAACAAGCCACAGUUCACCUCGGCCUUACAGGAGUCGUUUCAGCGGCUGAUGAAGCGAUCGGAUCGUGAAGAAGAUGCAGAGGUGCUGAGGCUCCGGAAGUUGGCCAUGGCUCAACUCACAGACACCAUGCCAACAGAAGACUUGAAGUUCUCCCAGGCCCAAGUGAAGGGUGAGGAUGGAUUGGCCUUGACUGAAAGGAGAUGGAACGAGGUGUCCAACCUCCGGGAGGUUCUGGCAAGAAGUGGAUGUGAUGUGCCAGAGCCACUGGUGCCACGGACACAUCUACCGCUUGGUUGUGUAGUUGUGCGCUACCGACAUUUGCGACAAGCUGUUUGGGGUAGCGAGCCUGUAACGGUAGUUCGGACGCUGCGGCUUAGUUGUCGUGGAAGUCUACGGGUGCAGAUCGAUUUCCGACCAAGAUUCUUCGAGUGCAAGGAGGAGGAACGAGCAAAGAUGCUUUCACCUGAAGAGGAAGAUGAGUUGUAUCGGGUGACUGCUGGAACGGAAGAGGAUGAACAAAGAGAGGCUUUGAUGUUCCAAGAACAGAUCGAAAAGAAGAAGGCUGAUGCAGAGCGGCUCAGCAUCGACAUCAUGGGGAAAAUGAAGGCCAGGCAACAAAUCCUCAGUGCAGAUGAGGCCAUUGAACGUGCCAAGAGGAUUCGACACAUGCGAGAUCCCGAGGUCCUCUUGAGAAGAUUUCAGCAAGUUUCAAAUUGGUCCAAUCAUGUGCUAAAGGUUCAAGAUGAUUUUAGAAAUGCAGAAGUCGAGCGUGCUCGUCAGGCAGCACGACAAGCAGAGUUGCUUGCCAGUGAAGCCAAGAAAGGGGACAUUGAGGAGAAACACAAAGCAGCUCCUGGCCUCUCCUCGAAGCUGAAGACUUAUGUUCGAACCAGAUACAAGGCCUGGAGUGAAGAGAGAGCAUUCAAAGAAGCUGCGCUGGACAAACCAAUUGGCUCAGUUGACCCACAAGAGCUCAUGAAAUCGAAGGCAGUCCCAGGUGUACCCAUGCCGAAGAAAGUUCCACCACCCACCAUUCCAAGACUCAAGGCAGAGCGUUGGGUGGAGGAGUUUCUGGAAGGAUCACGAAUGAUUUAAACAGGCAAGGGUCGUUGUUCCCAUGUUCUCCUUAAUUCGUCAACUGAUGAGCUAGCGGUUUCAAUGCAUGUGCAACUACGUUUAACAUUUGCAUUGCACGACUGCGUUGUGCAAUCCUGUAUAUUUGUGCAAUCCUGCGCUGUCCUUUUCCGUUCUGAUUGAUCAGAAGAACAGAGGUUCACAAAUGUACAGCCGGCCUGGAGCAGCUCCAGUCACUUUUUGAAGUUCCCCCGCAUGCACUGCCUACAUGCCGAAGUGUAUGGCAGCAACUUUUGUUGCAUGUCUCCGGAGAAUCGUUCAGGUCAAGCCUGGAAAAAGGGAGAUUGCAGUUUGUGCUUGUGUAAGUCUUUUGUUCGACGUCGAUGGGCUGAGAAUUUCACUCAAAACUGUGACACACA